CUGAUUGUCAAAAUAUGCAGCUUUUUUUUGACGUUUCGGCUUUGUAAACGUAGUUGUAAAACUACAAAAUGAAAUCCUAAAAUUACUCUAAUAUUUUAAAUUUACAUGUAAAACAGUAUAUUUGUUCUUACACAACAUGAGUAAUUUAGAGUACGUUCAAAUCAAAGAUCUAAAACCGGGUAUGAAGAACAUAAACGCUGUGUUCAUCGUCCUGGAGGUGGGUCCGCCGACGCUGACGAAAGAGGCGCGAGAGGUGCGCACGCUGCGCGUGGCCGACGCGUCCGCCGCCGUGAACCUGUCCGUGUGGGACGAGCCGGGCGCGCUGCUGCAGCCCGGCGACAUCGUGCGGCUCACGCGCGGCUACGCGUCGCUGUGGCGCGCCGCGCUCACGCUCUACUCGGGCAAGUCGGGCGACAUCCAGAAGGUGGGCGAGUUCUGCAUGCUGUUCAACGAGCAGCUCAACAUGAGCGAGCCGCAGCCCGCGCCGCCCGCGCCCGCGCCGCCCGCCGACCGCGCCAACGGCUCGCACGCGCCCCGCGCGCACCCUCAGGCCGCGCCCGCGCCGCCCGCCGCGCCGCACUCCGCCAAGGGCGACCGCUUCGCGCCGCCCGGCCCGGACCACGGCGCCAAGCACGCGCACAAGACCUACGUGCGGGGCCGUGGACACCAGCGGGGCAACAACCGGAGAUAA